UGCAAUCUUAGCUUUGAAACCACUGAACAUCUGUUUAACACCUGCCCAAAGGCUCAACUGACUAAUGCAGGAUUUGACAAGUAUGCUCAAUCGGUGAUUGCUGCUGCUUCUUGGUUAAUUUGGAAAGCGAGAUGUAAUCUUAUAUUCCGAAAUGAAGUUCCUGAUUUCCAGCUUAUUUAAGUCCGAGUAAUGAAUCACGUCAGGGAGUAUUCUCACUCCAAAUUUUCUCAAAAUGGUAAGCAACUUAUAAUUAAUAAUUUUUCUUAUACUGACAGCCCUUUUCUCUUUGUAGCCACUGCUGGAAACUAUGGAUCUGAUUUAUUUGGAGCUGGCUUCUUCAUUGCUGAUUCAAACUCUCAAUUCAUCUUUGCUAGCUGCUGCAACAAUCCUGCUGAGUCUAUUAUUGAAGCUGAGGCUCUCGCUCUAUUGGCUGCUCUUGGUUGCAUUUUUGUAUUUGAUCUUCAAAUCAAGACAAUCUUUAUUGCCAGUUUUGAGCUUCAUGGUUUUCUCAAGGCUGGAAAUCAUCAUCACUCUUGGAGACUUAAUCCUUUACUUACAAGCAUUAAUGAUUAUUUGGCGGAAUUGGGAUGUCCCCAGCUUCAUAUUAUCCCCCAUACUUGGAUGACAGCUGCUGCUUCUUUGGCUCUGCAUGGCCUAAAUUCGCAUGUUCUUACCUUAUUUCAUCAAGGCAGGGAACUCCCUUAUUGGCUCAUGAAGCAGCUCAAAAAGAAUGGAAUUACCUUGUAACCUAUUUUUUUUUUCAGUUUGUUUCUUUGGUCUUU